AAGGUAUAUAUAGGCAUGGAUCUCUGAAUCGUCACAUUUAGGAAGUAAAGCUCGCUAGAUAAUAACAAAAUGCGGAAUUUACUGGUCCUGAGUGCAUUGGUGGCGGCCGCCUUCGCGGCUGAAAGUGAAACGGUGAAGCCAACACCGUUCCAAUUCGUCACCACGACGCCGCGUUACUACGCGUCGUCAACAGCGUCUGUCGGCGCGUACGACCCUAACCGCUUCUACAACGCCAACAACGCUGGCAGAUACAACAACUUCGGCAGAUACACAGCCAACAGAUACAACCCCGGAGCGUACAACGCAGGACGCUACGACAAUUCCGGGCGCUACGUCGCCGGAAACACUGGAGCUUACAACGCUGGUGCUUACUACAACCCAACAGCGUUCGGCCAAAGCUUCGUAAACAGGCCUGACAAUAGCGGCAGAUACACGCCUGACAACACCGGCUCAUACAAUGGUGACCGUGGAACUGCAGGCGGUGCAUACGUCGCCCAAAAGGAGCCAGUUGCCCCUGCUGCGGCUGUAAGCACGGCCACCGCCAGCCCGGUCGUUUCCGUAACCAUCCUUCCCGAGUCUAGCCCCGUUCCAAGCGUUGUCCUCGGCGCGUCUCCAAGCAGCGAAACUGCUGCUCCCAGCGAAGCGCCAGUUGUUUCUCCCAGUGAAGCUCCAGUUGCCUCUUCCAGCGAAGUAUCUGCUCCAGUACCCAGCGAAGCUUCAGUUGCAAGUGAAGUGCCUGUUGCCGUCGCCGCCCUCAGCGAUGCCGCUGAAGUUUCCCCUAGCGAAGUUCCCGUCGCUAGUCCGAGCGAAACCCCAGUAGCGUCACCUAGCGAAGCCCCAGUGGUGUCACCUAGCGAAGUCCCAGCUCCAGCUCCUAGCGCAGCCCCCGCUCCUUUGGUUCUCUUCAGUUCUACUGCCCGUCCAUCUUCUCCCAGCUUCGCACCUGUAUUCGUCCCGAGUCCCACACCCACUUACGUAUACAAACCUGUCCAACCAGUUGCACCGGUCGUAGCAACUUUGGGUGACGGUCGUUACAACUACAACUUUGGUAUUCUUCGUCAAGAGACUGAAGUACUUCCCGACGGCUACCACUACCUCUAUGAGACUGAUAACAAAAUCCUUGCUGAGGAAGUUGGAAAAUUGGAAAGGAUCGACAACGAGAAUAGCGGAAUUAGGGCUAAGGGUUUCUACGAAUACGUCGGCCCCGAUGGUGUUUCAUACAGAGUAGAUUACACCGCAGAUGAGAACGGCUUCGUCCCAGUUGGUGCUCAUUUACCCCAAUAAACUAGUUUUCUACCAUAUAAAUAUUUAAAAUAAAGUAUUUACACAUUAUUACCUAUAUAUAGCGAGUGUGAAUUUAUGAUGUAAAUAAAGUAACGAAUUAAAUAAUAAG